AAAGUUAAAAGUAAAAAGUGAAACCCGCUCAAUGCUCUCAGACUCGCCGUCGGUGUCAACUGGUUCUGGGCGGCAGUAUGGACGGUUCGGAGUUCCCGCUGACGGUGGAGGGGUUCUGGAGCCCCGAACAGAACCGAACCGUGCGGAGCAAACUUCAGGUUUAUUUCCAGAACAAGAGAAAGUCGGAGGGCGGAGAGUGUCGGGUGGAGGUGGAGGUGGAGGACCGGGCCCCCAGAGCCCGGGUCGUCUUCUACUCACAGGCCGUGAGAGAUCGCGUGCUGGCAAAGGAAUCACAUGAAAUCGUUGUGGACAAUCAGACUGUGAAGCUGCAGCUGCUUCGUCUGGCUAGCCCGACAGAUGUCGACAUCGUCUCAGAGAUCCAGAGGUCAAAGGUCAAAUCAGAAUGUGGAGCCUCAGCAGCAGCUGAACAAGAACCGACGCCUGAUGAGACUGUUGCCGUGGUCUCAGAUCAGAGCAUUGCCGUGGUGAUGGACAACGUCUCAGACAAAAUGUCCCCAGACCUGCUGUCCAUGCUGGUGGAGAACAUUUCUGGGCUGAAGGACGAGAAUGCUUACAGUCUGGAGUUGAUCUGGGAAGACAACAGAGCCGUGGUCUCGUUCUUUAGCCACAAAGACGCUGAGAGGUUCCUCACUAUGAGCACAAAGAGCUCGAAGUUCCAGAAUCUCGGCCUGAGUGCUCAACCGCUCAAACCAGCAGACAGUGUCCGGGUGGAGGGACUUUCUCCUGCUGUGGUUAAAGACAUGCUGGAGCUGUAUUUUGAGAAGAGCUGGGCUGCGCCAGUAAAAGUCGUCAUGAUCCCUGAGGAGCAGGCUGCUCUCAUCACGUUCGCUGACCCCAAAGUUGUGGGAAGCAUAUGCUCAACAGAAAACCACGUGAUGCGUUCGACCCCAAUCAGCAUCUAUCCAUACUACAAAUCCCUGGGCACAGCCUUGUACGGGAAAAAACGGCCGGCAUUUAAGAUGCCUAAACCCUUCACAGAGGGUGUUCACCACGCAGUCUGGAAAUUCCUCGUGAUGAAGAACCAACUAAAAACCAUCAAUGAACACAUGCAGCCGUAUUUCUGCACUGUGGAUUUUGAUAAACCAGAAGUGAAACUAAAACCUCUCCCAAGUUUUUUGAGGCAGAAAGGUCUGACUGCCCAACUUGUGGAUAACUGGAAGAGUAACGCUCAAGAGGCAUUCCGUCGACUUAUGGCUGGGUACACAGUGUUUGAAUGUCCAGCAAAUGCUGCUGUUUGGAAAGCAACAGAGAAGGAUCUCCGUUCAUUAGUGAAAGAAGAUGCUCACCUGAUGCUCGAUGUCUCCAGGGGAAGUGUGAUUGUAGCUUGUCAGGAGGACCAUGUAAACCAGAUCAGGGGUUCCAUAGAGAGCAUUGUUCUUAAAGCCACGCAUCAGAUUGAACGGCAGACAAACGGUGUUUCUGAGGUCAUGGAUUUGUCACCGGUAGUAUUCUACAUCCUGAAGCAGGAGGGUUUGCAGAGGGCAGUCCAGGACAUCUCCCCCGAGAUAAACCUUUCCUACAAUGACAGUGCCAAGAAGUUAACCAUUUCAGGACUUCCCACAGAGGUUGUUGCGACUAAGUCCUGGAUGUUGCAGACAAAUAUCAACAUGAGUAGAAAACAAGUGGAUGUGAAGCCAUGUGUCUUAGACUUUCUGAAGACAGCAGCUCCCAUGGACAUGUCACAGGACCUGUUCACAUCCCACGGUAUAAGUGCCUUCUACAGCAUUGUGACAGGAGGAGUCCUUCUCACAGGAAGUUCUGACAGGGCCCUCGCAGAUGCCGAGAAAAGAUUGAAUAUAGUUUUGUGGCAGGAGAUUCUAUAUGUGAAAGACCAGGAAGUACUGAAACUUACCAAGUUGAUGGACCUGAACAAGACACUCUUAGAAACCUAUAAUUCCGCAAAGAAGGUAACAGUACUCAUUCAGCUCAACGUAGACAAGAUAACAGUGGUCGGCUUUGAGAAUCCUGUCAAAGAGGUCAGCCGCACUCUGAAGGGCUUUAUUGUGGACUUCUCAAGAGUUCAGAAAACCAUUCGUGUUGAGUCCUGUGCUGUUGCUGAGUUUAUUGAGAAGAAAAAACAAGAUGAGUGGUUCAAUAUUGCCAAAACUAAUGAAGUGACCAUUCAGUUUAAUCCUGGGAGGCCAAGAAUUACCCUCGCUGGGGCCAACCUUCAUGUCCAGAAGGCCAAAGCCUGCUUACAGAACCUGACUGUUACUCUCUGCACCGACAACUUCACAGUGAACAAGCCUGGAGCAAAGAAAUAUUUUCUGUCUCAAGGACAUCUACUCCUGUCUUCAGCCUUGACAGAGUUGAGGUGUGUGAUGGUGCUGCGUCCAGAGAAUGAAGAGGAGGAGGAUGAGGAGGAGAAAGAGGCCGGUGGGGGAGAUUCCGGAGUUUGUUAUUGCAAAGUGAAGACUGCCAGUGGAGUUCUGGUUUCAGUCAGCAAGGCUGAUAUCUGUAGCCUCCGGGUUGAUGCUGUGGUCAACGCAGCAAAUGAGGACUUGCAGCACAUUGGCGGUCUGGCGCUUGCCCUCCUGACAGCUGCUGGACCACAGCUGCAGAAAGUCUGCAAUGAUCUUAUCGCCAGAAAUGGUCGUCUACGGCCGGGUGAUGCCAUCUUAACAGAUUCCUUCAAACUGCCAGCCAAGUACGUCGUACAUGCAGUUGGUCCACGGUUCACUGAUUUUGAAAAGAAGACGGCAGUGGCACAUCUCAAGUUUGCUGUAAAAGAAAGUCUCAGCCAAGCGGAGAAGGUCGGAUGCCACACUGUGGCGCUGCCAGCGAUCAGCUCCGGGAUGUUUGGCUUUCCCACUGACCUUUGCUGUGAGACCAUCGCUCAGGCAGUGCGCGAGUAUUGUGACAGUUUGGGAUGCCCAGGAUCACUGACGGAGGUUCACUUGGUGGACAACAAGGCUCAAACUGUGAGGGACAUGGCCAGGGCUGUAGACAACGAGUUCAAAGACCUCGGGCCGACGACGACGACACCACAGCAUGCCACUGGAAUGACUUCACGUCAGUCCCAUCCAGUUCGAGGUGGACAUCAGAGCCAGUCUCCAAGACAUAACGAGUUUGGUGAAAAGGGACGCGGACGAGAUGCUGGGGGGCCUGCAGCUGGACCCCAGGGGGGUGGGCAGAGUUACCGAGGACCUCAGAAAGGUGGGCAGAGUCUUGGAGGCCUUCAUAACAGGCCCGCAGAGCUGGGGAGGGCGGAGCAAACCACUGCUGAGGGUCUGAAGAUCAUUUUGUGUUCGGGCAACAUUCAGGACCAGACUACUGACGUCAUCAUCAACACCAUCUCAGAGAACCUGGACCUGGACCAGGGAGCCAUUUCAAAGGCCAUCCUGCAGGCGGCUGGGUCCAAACUGCAGUUAGCCGGUUCGUGCCAGUGCCUCAGCGCGGCCAUGCUGAAGUACGGUCAAGUCGUCAUCACCGACGGCUUCAAGCUGAAAUGCCAGAAGGUUUUUCAUACUGUUUGUCCCUAUUGGGACAAAGGAUCGGGGUCCGCUGAGAAGAUGUUGGAAUCGAUUAUCAGGUUUUGCCUGGACGAGGCUGAGAGACAUCAGAUGAGAUCACUGUCCUUCCCCGCGCUUGGAACAGGAAACCUGGGCUUCCCCAAAGACCUGGUGUCCAGACUCCUGCUGAGGGAGACACACCUUUCAGCAGCAGAGGACCAACAAUACCUGAAGGAGGUGGACAUAGUCAUCCACCCCAGUGACAGCCAGACGUUGGACUGUUUCACCAGAGAGUUCAAAGGUCAGCCACAGGGAAAUGGCCAGCGUGUCCCGCAAAAUGUUCACGAGUCACCGAUGCAGCCAUCACCCAGCCAAUCACAGCAGUCCUCAGCCUCUUUUGGAUGGGUGUCCUCACCCUCUCUUGGUGUGUACCAGAUGCAGAUGGGUCAGCUAACUCUCAAGGUGUCGUCUGGCGACAUCACCAAGGAGACCAGUGACGCCAUCGUCAACUCCUCCAAUGCGGACUUUACUCUUAGGACAGGUGUGUCCAAGGCGAUCCUAGACGGCGCAGGACCAACGGUCAUGAAUGAAUGCCGUCUUAUUGUGAACACUCAAGGUCUCCAGCAGCGUCCGUGGAUCCAGACCUCUGCCGGGCUGCUGCCCUGCAGGUCCAUAAUUCACAUCGUGGGACAUAACGAUCCUGAAAAAAUCAAAGACCUGGUGUAUAUGGUGCUGAAAGCCUGCGAGGACCAAAAGUACCAGUCGGUGUCCUUCCCCGCUCUGGGAACAGGUCAGGGAGGAGCCAGCCCAACCGUGGUGGCAGACGCCAUGAUCGAUGCCGUGGUGGACUUUGUGAGGAAGAAGCAACCAAAGUUUGUACGGAGUGUGAAGAUCCUGAUCUUCCAAACGACCAUGAUUGGGGAGUUCACCAAGAGCAUGAAGCGUCAGGAGGGUCAAGAUGUCGAGGAGAAGGGCGUCUUCUCCAGGUUAAAAGACACUGUGACUUCCUGGUUUGUGGGAUCCAGCGAACAGCAACCCCGCACUCAGAGUUUCAAUCUGGAGGAGGAGGAGUUUGAGCCUGCGAUCUUCCAGCUUUGUUCCGACAACGCUAAGUCUGUGAGCCUGGCCAAGAGGCGGAUCGAGGACCUCAUCCUAGGUGAGCAGGCGGACAGAACCAUCAGCGACCCGCUCAUCAGCAAGCUGUCUCCGGGCGACAUGGAGCAGCUGAAGGCGCUGCAGAGGAAGCUGACGGUCAGCAUCUCGCUGACGACUGGCAUGGACGACCAGGAACCGUCCAUCCACGUGGAGGGACUGACCAGGGACGUCCUGUCCGCAGAGUCGGCAGUAAGGGACAUCAUCCGAAAAGUGGAGCGGAAGGAGAACCAGAAGAUGAAGGCGCUGCAGGUGGCCGAGAAGGUGGAAUGGCAGUUUAGGGAUCCCAGUGGAACCUUGGUGACCUUUGACAUGUACACCAACCUGGAACUGGAGGAGGCUCUGGGGAAGAACCAAGACGUGACGAUCAAAAUCAACAAUGUCCCAUAUGUCGCCAGAGUGAUUCACGAACGGGCCUUCGCUGACCAAGGCAAGAAAGAGAUGGAACUUCAUCGAAAAGUGUUAAAGGAUGACGCUGUGCUUCCUGGUCACUGGGAGGACAUGAAAGGUUCCAUCGUCAAGCUGGUUACAUUGACUUCAGGCUCCAGCGAGUACAAAGACAUAGAAUGGGAGCUUAAAAAAACUGGUCUGGGAGCAAACAUCCUGAAGAUUGAACGGGUACAAAACGAGACGCUGUGGCAGAGCUACCAGCUCAUGAAGAAACAGAUGGAUAACAAAAACCAGAACACAAACAACGAGAUGAAACUGUUUCACGGCACCUGCGCUAGCGCCAUCGACUUAAUCAACAAACAGGGUUUCAACCGCAGCUACGCAGGAAUUCACGCGGCAAUGUACGGGAAGGGGUCAUACUUUGCUGUCGAUCCUGUGUACUCUGCCAGGGGCUACGCCACACGGGACCGUAAUGGUCACAAACGCAUGUAUCUGGCCAGAGUCCUGGUGGGAGACUACACACGAGGACACCCAGACAUGAUCACACCACCCACCAAACCCACCGGAAUAUCUGCCGAUCUGUACGACAGCGUGACUGACAGUGUCUCAAAUCCUGCGAUGUUUGUUAUCUUCAAUGACAAUCAAGCCUAUCCAGAAUACCUCAUCACAUUGAAAUGAUCCCAUGAUGCAUCAUUUCUGUUGUUGCUGGAAAGGCAGAUAUUAUAAUUACAGUUUAUGUAAGUUACUAAACCUGUAAUUACACCAUUUGUCCAAAAAAACAAAAAACUGGUCUUUCACGCUGCAUGUUUCUUUGAUCUUUUUAUUUUUGAUUUGCUAUUUGAGAAAUAUUCCCUCAAUGUUUUUUUUUAUUUGAAAAUUGUGGUGAGAAUUUCAAAUUUGGCACCUGCACCAGUGUUUGGCACAUUUAUCCUAGCUUAGCUUAGUCAUGACACUGACCUACGAUCUGUCUUGAUUUGUUGCUCGUCACGCCCAAAACAGUCCUGUUCACAAUAAACAUAGAAUUCAAAUUUGAGCUGUUGAAAGUAAUUUUGGUUUUAGGGGCAUGAGGCCAUUACAUCACUUCCUUAGCCUAUAUGCGA